CCCCCCUCCCCACCCCCACCCGGCCCUCUCCGGCGCGCGCCCCGCCACCCGCGCGCACUCGCUUGCACUCCCCUUCUCUCUCACACAUGGUCGGCUCGCGGCAAAGUUUCGCCUGCGAUCGCCACUCCCGGAUCCUGCUGCAGUGUUGGCGGCGGUAACCUUGAACUUUCCCAGCGCGGUGACACAUUCUCCUCGCUUUCCCUGCAGCCCGACCUCCUGCGCCCCCCUCCCCGCCUUUUUUUAAAAAAAGCAUUUCACCACCCACCACCACCCCAAUCCAAUCCACACCGCACCCUCGAACACCCUAAGCCCCCCAACAACAACAACAACUGCAAAACAGAAAACAAAUUCCCUAAACCGGGCGACUUGCAGCCUGCACCGGCGGCGGCCUCGGAGAGCUUGGCUGGCGCGCGCGCGGACCGCAAGAGGGUUAAAAGUGUAGAUUGGAUUUCACCCCGGGAAAUCUAGCACGCCGAGUGAACUUGAAUCUUUGGCUAUUUAAGGAGGACUGGGUUUGUUGCGAAGUUGCGGUGAUCCUGCGCAGAGCCCCUUCCUGAUUGAUCGCAUCGCUGGGCUCAGAUGACUGUAAAAUGAAUAGAUGAAAUCCUUGCUUCUCGAAGAUUUUCUCGGGCAUCUACGGGAAAGUGCGUUUUAAGGCGAAGUCAUGAUGUAUUCUCCCAUCUGUCUCACUCAGGAUGAAUUCCACCCAUUUAUUGAGGCACUUCUUCCACAUGUCCGUGCAAUUGCCUAUACUUGGUUCAACCUGCAGGCUCGAAAACGCAAGUACUUUAAAAAGCAUGAGAAACGAAUGUCAAAGGACGAAGAAAGAGCAGUCAAAGAUGAGCUGCUCAGUGAAAAGCCUGAAAUCAAACAGAAGUGGGCAUCCAGGCUCCUGGCCAAACUGCGCAAAGACAUCCGCCAGGAGUACCGGGAGGACUUUGUGCUUACCGUGACUGGCAAGAAGCACCCGUGCUGUGUCUUAUCCAAUCCAGACCAGAAGGGUAAGAUUAGGAGGAUCGACUGCCUGCGACAGGCAGACAAAGUCUGGCGUCUGGAUCUAGUCAUGGUGAUCCUGUUCAAAGGCAUCCCUUUGGAGAGUACCGAUGGAGAACGGCUCAUGAAAUCCCCACACUGCACAAACCCAGCACUUUGUGUCCAGCCACACCAUAUCACAGUAUCAGUUAAGGAGCUUGACUUGUUUUUGGCAUACUACGUGCAGGAGCAAGAUUCUGGACAAUCAGGAAGUCCAAGCCACAAUGAUCCUGCCAAGAAUCCUCCAGGGUACCUUGAGGACAGUUUUGUAAAAUCCGGAGUCUUCAAUGUAUCGGAGCUUGUGAGGGUUUCCAGAACACCCAUAACCCAGGGAACUGGAGUCAACUUCCCAAUCGGAGAAAUCCCCAGCCAGCCAUACUAUCAUGACAUGAAUUCUGGUGUGAACCUGCAGAGGUCGCUGUCUUCUCCACCGAGCAGCAAAAGACCCAAAACUAUAUCCAUAGAUGAAAAUAUGGAGCCAAGUCCUACAGGAGACUUUUACCCUUCUCCAAAUUCACCAGCUGCUGGAAGUCGAACAUGGCACGAAAGAGAUCAAGAUAUGUCUUCUCCAACCACAAUGAAGAAGCCUGAGAAGCCACUGUUUAGCUCUACGUCUCCACAGGAUUCUUCCCCGAGACUGAGCACUUUCCCCCAGCACCACCAUCCCGGAAUACCUGGAGUCGCUCACAGUGUCAUCUCAACUCGAACUCCACCUCCACCCUCGCCGUUGCCGUUUCCAACGCAAGCUAUCCUUCCUCCAGCCCCAUCAAGCUACUUCUCUCAUCCAACAAUCAGAUAUCCUCCCCACCUGAAUCCUCAGGAUACUCUGAAGAAUUACGUACCUUCUUACGACCCAUCCAGUCCUCAAACCAGCCAGCCUAACAGCAGUGCUCAAGUAGUAGGGAAAGUGCCUGGCCAUUUCACGCCUGUCUUGGCACCCUCUCCCCAUCCCAGUGCAGUGCGACCUGUGACCCUGACCAUGACAGAUACUAAACCCAUCACUACAUCCACUGAAGGUGAGGCAGCUUCACCUACAGCAACCACCUACACAGCCUCAGGCACAUCUCAAGCCAAUCGAUAUGUGGGACUAAGCCCAAGAGACCCAUCCUUCCUGCAUCAGCAACAGCUGAGGAUUUGUGACUGGACCAUGAAUCAAAACGGCAGGCAUUUAUACCCCAGUACCAGUGAGGAUACAUUGGGAAUUACUUGGCAAAGUCCUGGUACCUGGGCUAGCUUGGUUCCCUUUCAAGUGUCAAAUAGGACACCCAUCUUACCGGCAAAUGUCCAAAAUUAUGGUUUGAACAUAAUUGGAGAGCCUUUCCUUCAAGCGGAGACAAGCAACUGAGGGGAAAGAAACACAACAGUAGUAUAAGAAACUUAGGGGAAAAACACUCAACGAAAGAGAAGAGGAAGACUGAACAAAACAGAAAAAGGAGAGAAACAGAAGAAAGAAGACUGACUAUAUAGACCAGCAUUGCAGCACGUACAGUCGCUAAUUCCCUUAAGGUUGAAACUCUAGUGACACAAAAGGGUCGAUGAUAUCUCGCUGACGCUAGACUGCAGCCCCUGCAACGUAGCCUUUGUUACAUGAAGCCCGCUGGGAAAUAGAUGUUCUGUCUCUAUGACAAUAUAUUUUAACUGACUUUCUAGAUGCCUUAAUAUUUGCAUGAUAAGCUAGUUUUCUUGGUUAGUAUUCUCGUUGUUUACGCAUGGAGUCACUAUGCCUGGUUAUGUCACCAACGAAGGCUAGGAGGCGGCAUCAGAGAGGCUGGGGCAGAGCCGUGAGCCAGCCAGCUUAUAAGCACUCUGAUUUCUAAAAGUUAAAAAAAUACAUAAAAUCUCUGUAGCCUUUAGUUAUCCGUACAAAUUUAUUAAAUUUUGGCCCUUAACCCAGCCUUUUCCAGUGUGUAACCCAGUUUGAAAUCUUAAAAAAGAAAAAAAAAAAUGAAAAAUAGGAAAAAACAAAAAAAUAGUUUGAACUCAAAGGCUCUAUGGAAGAAAUGCCUCUAUGUGGGUAAAGGGUUACCUCUGCAUGCAACAGUAAAAAAAAAAAUUAAUAUAAUAUUUUCCCCACAAAAGGAACACUUAACAGAGGCAAGUGCAAUUUAUAAAUUUAUAUCUAAGGGGAAUCAUGAUUAUAAGUCCUUCAGCCCUUGGACUCUAAAUUGAGGGGAUUAAAAAGAAUUUAAAAUAAUUUUGAGCGAAUUUAUUUCCCCUCAGUUUUUGAGGGCAUUUAAAAAGGCAUUAAUUCAAGACAAAUCAUGUGCUUGAAGAAAAAAAAAAAAAAAAAAAAAAAAAAAAAGAAAAAAAAAGAAAAAAUAUAUAAAAAAAGUAAAAACAUAGCACUUAGUUUGGCUUAGCUGCAGCCUCCUCAGAGGUCGAAUUAUUUAUUUAAAAUUACUGGUUGCAUCAAGAACCCAUAGGGUGUACAAAUGGUUCUAUAAAAUCUCCACUGUAGAGACAAAGAGGCAGGUAAAUCCAUGUCACAAGGUAAAGCUUCCAGUGUAGAGGCUGGGAACGCCAGGGCGCAGGGUAGGAAAACAUGCUCUUCAGAGAAGUGCCACCAGGGUGCUGGAAACAAACGUGCAUGGUGCUUUCAGAUAUUAGCCUUGUUCAACACAUUUCUCGUAUUGACAGAUCCAUAGUGUGCAUGGGCAGACACAUGUUGCCUCUGUGUCUCUUAAAAUUUUAAUGAAAAGUACUCUUUCCAGUAAUCCUAAUUUGCACGAAGAUAUAAUGUCCACAUUACGUGCCUUGCCUUGAAAUCUAAAAAACAAAAGACAAAAAAAAAAAAAAAAAAAACCCACAAAAGUGACAUCACUACACUUGUUUUGCUGCAUUUAUUAUCGUUUUAAAUCUUUACCAUUUUUAUGACAAAA